UAAGUGAGGAAGCGCCGCGAAGAGCGCGUGAAAUACUCCAGCAAUGACCAGCCUGACUGCCCACGCGAGGAGAUAUGGAAGGACGCGCGAGAUACGGAUACUCUGAAUGAGAGACAGUGCGCGCAGGAGGAAAAGCGACGGGGACGCGCGUAAAGUGACUUUUCUGGCUUCUUUUCUUUCCGCUGGAAACUGGGAAUCAAUUAGGCUGAUUCACUUGACUGACUUCAACAGGACUUACUAUGCCGCGCGCCUACGACCAAUCCAAGCCGGCACUGGCGGACUUCUGUCGCGUCCGCGUAAAAUGCGACAGCGAUUAAAGUGGACAUCGUGUCAGUUUUCUAAGCGAAGAUGUCGAACAACACAAGCCCCGCGUACCGGGACCCCACCAUCCCGGCCAUCAUGUUCAUAUUCGGCGUGGUGGGCAAUGUGAUCGCGGUGGUGGUCCUCUGCAAGACGCGCAAGGAGCAGAAGGAGACCACCUUCUACACGCUGGUGUGCGGCCUGGCCGUCACGGACCUCCUGGGCACGCUGCUGGCCAGCCCCGUGACCAUAACAACGUACGUGUACGGCAGGUGGCCCGGCGGAGAGCCGCUGUGCCAGUACUCGGGUUUCAUUCUGCUCUUCUUCUCGCUGGCCGGCCUCAGCUUCAUCUGCACCAUGUCGGUGGAGCGCUACCUGGCCAUCAACCACGCCUACCUGUACAGCCGCUACGUGGACCAGCGGCUCGCGGCGCUCGCCAUCGCCGCUAUCUACGUGACCAAUGUGCUGUUCUGCGCGCUGCCCAGCAUGGGCCUGGGCCGCGUCGUGCUCCAAUUCCCCCAGAGCUGGUGCUUCAUCGACUGGCGCACGAACGACAGCGCGCACGCCACCUUCUCCUACAUGUACGCGGGCGUGAGCUCGGCGCUCGUGCUCGUCACCGUGGUGUGCAACGUGCUGGUGUGCGGCGCGCUCAUCAUGAUGCACCGGCGCUUCGUGCGCCGCACCUCGCUGGGCACGGACGGCGCGCGCGUGCAGGCCGAGCUGCGGCGCAGGCGCAGUUUCGCGCGCUUGGCCGGCGCAGAAAUCCAGAUGGUCAUCCUACUCAUCGCGACGUCCGCCGUCGUGCUCAUCUGCUCCAUCCCGCUGGUGGUGCGGGUUUUUGUGAACCAGCUGUACCGUCACCCUGAGAAACAGGUGAUAGAGGGCAAUCCGGACCUCCAGGCCAUCCGUAUAGCCUCAGUCAACGCCAUCCUGGACCCAUGGAUCUACAUCCUGUUGAGAAAGACGGUCCUCCUGAAGCUUCUUGAGAAGGUCAAGUGCCUUUUCUGUCGGAUGGGUGGGCGGGGCCGCGGAUCGGGCCGCAGGGACUUCCUUUGCGGGGGUGGGACGAACAUGUCCUCUGUGAUAUCACGCGAUUCCCCCACACUGGUACCACGAGAGUUACGAGAAGUGGUCGCCACCUCACAGACGUACCUGUACACUUCGGACCCAGUGGAAGGGCACAGGGGCAGCAUCCGCUUACCCAUGACUUACCCCUGUCCAAAGCAGGCUCUCCUACAGGACUCGCAGGAGUCAGACCCUGCGAAUGGACAAAGCUCCGUCGGGAGAAUGAAAGGGCAAGAUAAGGACGUGCAAACGCAAGGAACGCACUCGAUAGUGCGCUUCCAGUCAGGCAGAUCACCACAUGGGUGCAAACAACAGACGCUUCAAGUUACCUUCACAGAUGAGACUUUGAACUUGCAAGAGAGAUGCAUAUGAGAGGCCUCGGUUGAGUAGCAUCAUAGAUGUGCAUGCUGACGAAUCAGCAGAAGCGAAACUUAAACUUUGCUUAAGAGGAACCUUGUGAAAUGUCCGCAAGGGCAGGAGAGAUGGGGCAUUCUCAACAAGAGAGACACAAACACUAAAAUUAGAUUCAUGUGCUGACACAGGAUGGGGCGUGCAAGCUUAACUUGGUGAGGAGAAAAGAGAGGAACAAAGCUACAUAUCUGUGACAAAGGCAGGGAACACAAAAGCUGUGAGCGGAGGCAGGUUGCAGAGAAAGAGAGAGGGUCGUUUCUGAAAACAGGCCUAGUUUUUCAGUAGUCUCUCCAAACUUAACGAUAUGCUAAAACCAUAAUAUGAUGAAUGUGCACAUAGGCUGGAGGGAGAGUCAGAGUCGGAAAGACAGAAAGAGAGGGAACAAAUCUCUGAUAAAUGACCCUGGAGUCAUGAAUACAUGAGAAAAAUUCUUGCCCAAUUCUAUCUUAAAACGGGUGGUUUAAGGCCGUUUUAGCUAUGUGAGAAAGCUCUUUUGUGACCCAGGGGACGGUCCGGCCGGUGGAAAGGUUUCUGUGGAAUUCUGCAGUGCAGCUGAUUAAUCAUAUGCAGCUUUACUGGCAGCUUGUGUAAGAACGCAUUUCUUUCCUUGUUUAUUUAGUGUUAAGCACGUUUUGCCUGUUCGCACCUGAUAAAAUACGAUAAGGGUUCAAGACGGCUCCAUUUGCCACCCUAGCUUGGUUGGGAAACACUAAAUUGCUAAAUCUCCCAGGAGAUGUCCGAUUAUCUGAUGUGUUGUUUAACAAAAGGAAAUUGCCUUCCUAUAAAUGAGAACUGCCCUAAAUUUCUCAGGGAACCUAGGCCAGGAAUGGAAAACAGCACACCAUGACGUUUGUCUGAUAGUUAGUUUACACUGUAGCUUACAAACUUUACAAUGUAAGCGUGGGUUGUAUUUCUUUUCUCUCCUUCUCAAACUUUAAAGUCUGGACGGAAUGUGAGACAACCAUUGGCUUAGAACAUGUUCACCAUUCCCAAUCAUGUAAUCUGAAAAUAUAGUUAGUAUUUUAAUCUGAAAGGUGUUACUAGGGAGUAACAGUGUAAGUCGCUCUGGAUAAGAUCGUCUGCUAAAUGCUGUAAAUGUAACAGAGGUGUUACAGUAACACCAAGUGUUACUGCACCGAUAUGGGAAGUCAAAUAAUUGUAACACAUUUCGUUAGGGUUACAAGGCAGAUUAAAAAGUGAUAUUUGGCAUUUGUCAUGUAAAUAUCUGCUGAUACGGAUAUGUAAACAUUUAUAAAAUGUGCAGAUUGGGAUUAAAUAUAUCCGGAUAUAUUUGGAUUUUGGUGUAAUGUUGGUGUAAUAAGUGUAAUAUUCAUUUUGGUAGGGUAACUUGUUUAGUAGGAUGAAUAAAUCGCGGAUAUUUUAGUGUAGUAUUCCAGCAGCGCCUAGACAUUUUGCUCUUCCAGUAUAUAUAUUCCUCGUACUGGAUUUUACUGAUGUCCAUUUUAUUUUGUUUUAAAGCAAAUAUCGACAGAUAUCAAUAUGAUUGACAUCGUUAUGGAUUCCUACCUACUAAAAACUAGCCAACAACACAAUUUUCCAUUCAUGGCCUGUUUUCCAUCCAAGUUUCCUCAACCAUCAACAGACAAAGAACCUAAUGAAAUAACCUGUUAAAUCCUGUUGGGUCAUUGCAUCACGUUUGCCAAAACAAGCGGUUACUUAAUAACUUCCCAAACUCAAUAUUUGCGUAACAGCGUCGAACAAAGUCUAGUUAAUCUGUAGGACUCGAACACGGCACACAUUAUAAGAGCACAUCAUAAACGGGCAUCAAUUCCUAAACUCAUGUACCGGUCCUCUUGAUAAUGAAAUGUGUUUAACUGAAGUGAGAUGCUGAAAAGAUAAGGAAACCAGGAGGUGACAUUUGUUGCACUUUUUAAUUUGCUGAACCACUGAACGUUAGCUUCUUAAUGUCAAAGGUUACUUUCCGAUGCUGAGGUCAGACAUUUGGCUUUUGACGGGAACCUUUGCUAUAGUGUGCAGUUGUGAUGUGAAAAUGUGAAUGAUAUCCCAUUGAAAUUUAACUUAUUAUACAGGGGUUGUGUGUUGCUUCUUCUCUGUGAGAAGGUCUAAGUAGUUCUAUCUAUGUCAGAAUGUUACAUGACAACUUUUGUUUUUCUGCCAUACUCGCGGCAUAAUUUUGAAUGAAGAUGGAAAAGUUGUUAUGUGUGUUACUGAAUAUGAACAUGAACAUUGCAUUUACAGACCUUUGAAAUGGGGACUCCAUUUUGUUCCGAUGUAAACAAAGUCGCUCAAAGUGAUUCCGUUCUAGAGGGCUGUUCACAGUGGUGGUGAUAGGAACCAGACAUCUGAAGAGUUUAAUGCCUCUACAAGCUACAACACAGAAAGCUAUUACACGAAAUGGUUAUGAAUAUGUUUGUUGAUGCCAGAGAUAUUGUUUUAUGGCAGCUUUGAGAUGAGAUUUUGGCCUAGAAUAUAUUUUUAAAACACAUUAAUUGCUUAGAGGGCACUGUGAGACAAAAUAAUAACCAAAGGAAAAAAUAUUACUCAUAUUUGUAGCUAUUUUACCAAGAUUACAUAAACUUUGAAAAUACAGUGGCUGUACAGCUGUAUGCAAAUGUUUGUAUACAACUGUAUUUGUGUUGUGGACCUCGGGUUCCCAUUACCACCACUGUACAUUCUACAUCAAACCACUCUGAAUGACUGUUUGCUCUCAGUGACUGAACUAUACAGAAAUUAAUUGUGAAAUUGAUUAAUUGCACUGAAUAUAUCAGUUACAGUUAGUGGUAGAACAGUAGAAAAACCAGUGCAGAAGUGAACUGACACAGGUUAAAAUGAAUAUGCUAAUUAGUUACAGAGAAAGACGUUACUGAUGCAGUAGCAGUUCAUAUGUUUUCAUAUGUUUCCUUUGUUCCCAACUAGCAAGUCUUAGCAAAGAUGGAUUAAAAUUACAGAGGGCAUUAAAAACGAAUCCCAAUCCAUCUGCAUUAACAAUCAUGAGGCAAUUCCAUUCCACAUAACAAAGAGCCACGGUUAUUGCAACAAUACUGAACCGAAAACAGACCUUUCUAUUGUUCAUUCAUUGAAGGCAAAAAAAACGGAGGCUUUUGGCCAUUUGUUUCUUUGAUGUUACGCAACAUUUACUAUAAUGUUCCGAUGUAAAUAAACAGAUGGUCCUACUGCAAGUUGUUUUCCAGAGAAAAUAAAGAAGAAACGUAUGUGGAGUGUUGUUUUUUUUUUUUCCUUCAGCCUUGUGAAAAUAGACUUUGUUCUACUUCUACUGCUACAGGAAUACGAGCACAAGUCACUUACAAAAAUGACAUGCUUUGUUGAUUUUCUAAGUGAAAAUAAAUAAAGAUAUGCUCUACAGAGAACACACUGUGGAGCAUUUUAAUGCCCAAUUACUGUUUAUUUGUUGAAUUUAACACAUUGAAUAUAAUAUCUUGAAUUUAACACUUUUCUGCAAAACGCCAUUUGUUCCCUGCGGAGGAUCUGUUAUAUUAUUUUCACUUAGAAAGUAAAUAGGACAUGUAAUUUGCCCAGGGGUCUUUCACAAAGAAGGAUUUCUCAGUUUAGCAAGAUAACUUAAGCCCAUAGUCAAACCUGUCCAAUAGGAAAACAGCUGAGGGACAUUCCUAUAGGUCAAGGCUGUCCAGUCUAAUCUGCAGAGGGCUGGUGUGGCUGCAGAUUUUCACACCAACAAAACAGGAGGUCACCUGACGAAAUGUUGAAGACAGACCAACUGAUUAAACAAGUGGAAUCAGGUGUGCUUCAGCUUUAGAGUGAAAAGGCGCAGCCACACCGGUCCUUUGCGGAUAAGAUCGGAAAUCCCUGCUAUAGGACAAUCCUCAAAUUUGAGCUAAAGUAAUCCGGCUAACUGAGAAACACUGCUUUGGGAAUUUAUUUAGUUUUUUUAUAUGACAGCGCACUUUCAUGUCAUUAUAAAAAAGUUAUAGUUGAGCUACACAGUCCUUCAUUAAACUCAAGGUUUUCAUAAUUUCAUCAUUGUGAAACAGUUGGAUGUAAAACAAUGUACUGUGCAGAAAUUUGGACACAUUUCCUAAUAGUGUUGGUGGUAGGAACCAGGGGUUGCAAUAUGUGCAAUGCAAAAAUAGCCAUUUUACUUACUAUGCAAAACAACCAGUGAACAUGUAUCUUCUGAAUUUUAUAUGUAAUGUUUUUUAUGGUGAAAUAUUGUCAAAUCCGAAAAAGUUUGUUUUCAGGGGCACUAAUCUUGCAACACCACGUAUUUGAAUGGAUUUAAAAACAAAUAAAUGUUAGUCCAAAACAUUAUCUGUACAGUAUUGCAGAACAAAGUUUCAGGCAUCAGGCAGUGUAUUCCUAACCAGUUCUUGUAUCAACUUUCUGUAUGGGAGCCUUUAGAGACAUUAAACUCUUCAGUUGUCUGGCUUUUGUCAACACCAA